AUGAAAUUAAGUACAAAUAUCAAUCAAUUAUGGAACAAAAGACGAACGAACAUAGAUGAAAACUGGUACACCUAUCUGUUCUUCGCUGUCCUACGAAUUGUUUUGGUUUUCAUUCAGACAGGCUAUGUCCACCCGGAUGAAUUUUUCCAAUCGAUUGAGGUCAUGAACGGUGACCACUUUCGUUUGGAACAUGUUCGAACAUGGGAGUUUAAUAAUACAAUGCCGGUGCGUAGCAUAACCAUACCCUUUCUGCUGCUACGAGUUCCGUGGAGUUUUCUUGAAUUUGCUGCCCUCUAUUUGAGGGAGUACUUCAGCAUAGAAAUAUUGUGCAGCUACACCUAUUUGGUAUUUCCACGCCUAGUCUACUGCGCCAUAUCAUUCGUCAAUGAUUGGGCCCUAUAUCGUGUGUGCAUGCUAUAUAGCUUACGAUUUGAAAUACGUCUGCUGGCAUUGGGUAGUAGCUGGGUAAUGUUGGUGUUUGGCACACACACCUUCUCCAACACCAUUGAAAUGGCCCUAUGCUCUGUACUCUUAUAUUUUGUGGCCGAGUGCAUGAUCACCACCAAUACCAUUGUAUAUAAAAAGGAGAUACUCGAUGAGAAAUACGACAAGGCAGCCUCGAUUGGAGAACGUGUAAAAAUAUGGAAACUGAAAAAUGCCCUACCCACCCACAACUUCAAUAAGAUAUUUGCUAUGUCAACUUUGUGUGUCAUGGGAGUAUUCAAUCGCCCGACAUUCCUUUUAUUUGGUGCACCCAUGGUCUUCUAUUGGCUGCUAAGAGGAAUGGGUACGAAGAGUGUAACAUUCACCGAUUUUCACCUGCGUAUGCUGCUGUUUUGUGUAAGUGCCAUUCCAUCAAUGCUUUUCUUUGUUCUUUGCGAUUCGUUGUAUUAUAAAUAUUUGACUUCGGGAGAAAUUAUGACCAAAACGAUUAGCAUAGAUAAUUUUGUGUUUACCCCCUGGAAUUUUGUCAAGUAUAAUUUGGAUCCCAAGAAAACAUCUGAACAUGGUUUACAUCCCAAAUACAUACACUUGCUGGUAAAUGUACCGCUGCUUUAUGGCAUUUUGGGCAUAAUUGCAAUGGUGUCCUUUGCCCAAUUAAUGAUAAGAUUUUUCAAAGCAGAAUAUCAAGGUUUGCCAAGGGCACAGAGUAUUGUGGGUUUAAUGUCGGCAUCUAUUUUUGUACCAUUAUUCUUUCUGUCGCUGAUCAAUCAUCAGGAACCUCGGUUCCUCAUUCCCUUAACAUUUCCCAUAAUAUUGUUGCAUGGUCCCAAGUUGGUUACGGGUUUCUGUGCCCACUAUCCUUUUCGUGUUGAAAAUCCUUGGUUACGAUUAUGCUAUGAUAAAUUUCUGUGUACAAAAGCCUCGGCCGUCUAUGUUAUGAAAAUAUGGUAUUUUGCCAAUAUUGCUUUAACGGUUUUCUUUGGGUUCAUGCAUCAGGCGGGUGUCUUCCCUAUGGCUCAGCAUUUCGAACAACAAAUGAAACUCAAAGCCCCCGAUCAACAUAUACAUUUGAUAACGUCCCACACAUAUAUGUUUCCAUUGUCCCUUGUAAAUAUUCCCAGUACCCAAAUGGUCCAUUUGAAUACAAAAACUGGACAAAGAUACAAAAAGCGCAAAGAUUUCUAUUUGUACGAGUAUGGAGGUUUGGAUAUGCCACAACUAAUAUCACGUAUUCGGCUUAUAAUAUCACACUGUGAAUUGAAGAAAGAAACUAAAAAGUUGAGGUAUCGCCUAUUCUUGGCCAUACCAUCGUCUCUAAGUGAUGAUCUCAAUUUGGCAUUGGUGCAAAACAAUGCCACAUAUUUGAAUUAUGAAUUGAAGCAUGUUUUCUAUCCACACGUCUCCACGGAGGCUUUACCACAAUUUCUGGGAAGACAUCCGGGUAUAGUUGAUCCACCCCACUGGUCAGAGGAUAAUUUGAAAGGUACAUGUUCAGUUGAAGUGGAACCUGAGCUAAGCUUUACUUAUGCCAGUAAGCAGCUAUCAUCGUUUGUCCAUCAAUUCGGUUUGGCAUUGUAUGAAUUUGAAUUGAAACGAAAUAUGCCCAAGAAUAGAAAGACCCUGACAAAAACCAAAUGUUAUACAUAA